GCUCGUUGGCUCGCUAUAUAAAGGGGAGAAGCGGGCGGACCGGACGGCUGGAGCUGCAGCCGGUGGCGGCAGCGGCGGCGCGGGGAGCGGCGACCGGUGGUGGUUCCCUCCUGGGCGCGGGGUGGGGAGCGGGCAACGCCCCCCGGACCCCCCAAAGGGUCGUGGUUUUUUUUUUUUAAGGGCGAUUCUCGAGGUUUUUAGCUCCGGGAGGACUGCCCCCCUCCUCCACCUCCCCCUCUCCUCUCACCGCUCCCCUCUACUCCUUCAGGAUCCGAUUUUGUUGAAAAAUUUUUCCCCCCCAUCUUGCGGUGGCUUGGGUCACCCUCUGGGUGUUUCGGUUUUUUCUUUUUCUUUUUUUUGGUUUUGUUUUUCUCUUGUUUUCUCGGGGUUGCUCCCCUCUUGUUUGUGUUGUGUGUGGAAAUGGCGAACUCGGCAAAUACAAACACCGUGCCUAAAUUAUACAGAUCUGUGAUUGAAGAUGUUAUUAAUGAUGUAAGAGACAUCUUUUUGGAUGAUGGAGUUGAUGAACAAGUUCUGAUGGAACUAAAAACUUUAUGGGAGAAUAAACUAAUGCAAUCUAGGGCAGUAGAUGGAUUUCAUUCAGAAGAGCAGCAGCUUUUAUUGCAAGUUCAACAGCAGCAUCAACCCCAGCAGCAGCAGCACCACCACCACCACCACCAGCAAGCUCAACCGCAGCAGACAGUGCCUCAGCAAGCACAGACCCAGCAGGUCCUUAUUCCUGCCUCACAGCAAGCUGCAGCACCUCAAGUUAUUGUUCCUGAUUCUAAGCUGAUACAACAUAUGAAUGCAUCAAACAUGAGUGCCGCUGCUACAGCUGCUACCUUGGCUCUCCCUGCAGGUGUGACUCCUGUUCAGCAGAUAUUAACAAAUUCAGGCCAGCUUCUUCAAGUGGUCAGAGCAGCCAAUGGUGCCCAGUAUAUCUUUCAGCCUCAGCAGUCAGUGGUUCUACAGCAACAGGUUAUACCACAAAUGCAGCCUGGUGGAGUACAAGCUCCUGUUAUACAACAGGUACUAGCCCCUCUUCCGGGAGGGAUUUCACCACAGACAGGUGUCAUCAUCCAGCCUCAGCAAAUCUUAUUUACAGGAAAUAAGACUCAAGUUAUACCCACAACAGUGGCAGCUCCUACACCAGCACAAGCACAGAUAACUGCAACGGGCCAACAGCAGCCGCAGCCCCAGCCUGCUCAACAACAAGCUCCAUUGGUGUUACAAGUUGAUGGAACUGGGGAUACAUCAUCUGAAGAAGAUGAAGAUGAAGAGGAAGACUAUGAUGAUGAUGAGGAGGAAGACAAAGAGAAAGAUGGAGCUGAAGAUGGGCAGGUAGAAGAAGAGCCCCUCAAUAGUGAAGAUGAUGUGAGUGAUGAAGAAGGACAGGAACUCUUUGAUACAGAAAAUGUUGUUGUAUGCCAGUAUGAUAAGAUACACAGAAGUAAAAACAAAUGGAAAUUUCAUCUCAAGGAUGGCAUUAUGAAUCUUAAUGGAAGAGAUUAUAUAUUUUCCAAAGCCAUUGGAGAUGCAGAAUGGUGAAGAGUUGGUUCUUUUCUUUUAUAAAUAAAACAAAAGAAACUUAAAAAAAUUUUAAAGUGGACAGUUUGAAACUUGGGUCAUACACCAACCAAAACUUAACUUCUGCAUGUCAGAAAAGUGCAGUAGAAGCAAAGCUACUGGAACAAAAAAACCUUGACAACAUAGACACUACUUCUAACUGGCAAGCCAUGGAACUGUAGCACCUGGGGUUGUUGGGGUGGGGGGAGUUGGGGUUUUGUGUAGGAAAACCAUAAUUGUCGAUUUUAAAUACAGGUACCUGCCACCAGUAAUUAGCAUGUAAAGCUAUGUCUAUAUUCCUUCCUCCAGCUUGGGUUCAGUCAGAAGAUACUUGUUGGGAUGAACUGAAGAAACUUCCUUUUUGAUAGAUUGAACUGAAACUGCUUAUUGUAUGUGGUUAUAUUUGGUAAAAAUUGGGUGUGAGCUUUUUACAAAAGGGUAAGAAUUAUGGUGUUGAAUUUUAAUUCACUUGUAUAAGGAAACAAUUUAGAACUCUCAUAAUAGGUCUUAAAUAUUUUUACUUGCUAUUCUCCCUCAGUAAUAUAUACCUCUUCCUUCCCUGCUUUAUGAAACAUCUAUUUAAGAGUUAAAGGAAAUAAUCAGUGAUCACAGUUUGGAGAUAAAAUUUGACCCAGGAAUCAAUAUAUAUUUUAUUUAGGUUUUCAUACUCAUUAAAUGUAGUUUAAAGACUUGGGUCUUGUCUGAGUUGAGCAGAAUUAAAAUGACAACUUCAGUUUCCUUACAGAAAAAUUGUAUUUGUUUCUUUUAGUCCCUCACCUUAAAAGGAAACCCCAAAGUGGCUCCUCAGGAAUAUGGUUUUAUUUCACAAAGGUACCAUCUAGCUGCAGUUAUAUACGUAUAAAUACAGAUUUUUUUCCUUUUGAGCUCAUGUAUCCUUAUAUAUGUGUUUAGUUUUUAAGCUAAACAAAAUUCAGUUAACAUUCUGUGCAUUGAUUAAAGCAUUGGGCAGGUGGUGAGGACCUGGAUUUUUAUUAAUCAAUUUAGUAAUUAUAAAAGUUUCUUGUGUUUACUAGUAAAGAAUUUAAAAACUAUUAUUCUAAUUGAACAAAUUUUUUAAAAUGCAACUUUGUAAUUUGAGGGGAAAAUUUGGGGGUUAGAGGGGGAUGGGCCACUAAGUACAUAUUUACCUCUCUUUCAUUUGGUGGCCCUUCCAGGCCAUUGAUAAUAUAGACAUGGGCUCCAGUUUGCACAUCGGGAAGAAAGCAUAGAAAUUUGAUUUGUAUAUUAAAAAUAAUAGAAAUUUAAUAUGUAUAUUAAGAUGCAUAGCUCUGUAUUCUGUAAGGGGCUCUAAAGAACAAUGUGGCAAUGCUGUGUUCAGUGUGAACUAGUUGCCUGGGAGAACUGUAGGAGCACUUCUCUUCAUCUGUGUUCUUACAACUACUUGUUUUCAUGGUUUAUCUUGACAAAAUUCACGUGUUUAACUUUUAUAUUGAUUUUUUUUUAAGUCUUCCAUUUUUGUCUUCCUUUUAUUUGCUUUUGUUUGUGUUUCCAGAAGUAACAUAGAAACACUUUAAAUUACGUUGCAGAGAAAGACUGUGAGCUAUUAUAUAUUGUUUUUUAACACAAAUCUUUAAAUUUCUCGAAAAGGCUAAUCAAUUUUUUUUUUUUUUUUUUUUUGCCAACUUUCCACCCUGCAUACCAGCUUGGUCCAUUUAACUUAUGUUCUGAACUUUGGUAUGAAUGGUGGUUUCUAGCAUGCUUGUAGUUAGGUUUCAUUUAGAUGCCACAACUGGUAAUACGGUUUUUAUUUUUACUAUAUUUAGCUUUUUGCAAGGGAGGUUUAUUUGUUUACCCCACUACUCUCUAAGCACAGACAGGUUUUUUUAUUUUUGUGAAUGAGACUGGGAGAAGAGAAGGGAGGGGGUGAAAUCACACAAGUCUUGCUGUUCAGUUGUCCUUCAGUAUAGUUGCUAGUAGGUUUAUGUUUACUCAAUGAAGAAGUCAACGACCUGAACUACCUAUAAAAGUUUAGCAGUGCUGCAGUGUUGAUUGAAACCCUUUGGCCAUCUAGUAGUUCUUAUGCUAUUGACUGGAUUACUGUGUGAUAUUCAGCUCAUGUUUUGGGCCCUCUAUGUAGACAAACAUUUGUAUUCAUAGUAGAAUUGUAUACUGGCCUGUUUUUAUAACAUUAUUUUGAACGUGAACAACCACUGCUUUCAGAGUGACUCACUAGGGUUAUUUUGAAGCAGGAAAUAACCAUUUGUAUUUGCACCUGUGUAUUGCAUAUUAAUUAUGGCAUACUUGGCAAAUACUUUUACCUGUGAAAAUUCUGAAAGCUGGUCCAAACAACACUGCAUACCAAAUUGUGCUUUUAUGUAUGACUGCAUCCUGUUCCUUUUUAAUCAAAUAGCAUGUUUUAGUUUUAUUAUAGUGGCUUGCUGUAAGAAUGCCACUUGCUUAUGUUUUAUUGUACUUGAAUUCUUAAUCAUGUUUUUAACAUUGUAUUUAGCACAUCAUUUCAUUUGGUUCCAUAAAAAUGUCAUUCCUUUGAAAAGGCAAGGAUUCCCACUUUCAGAAUUUUAAAAUGAAAAUAACAUGUUUAUUCAAAGAGGGAAAAUAGUUCAGACUUGUGGUAUUGUAAAAAUAAGUAAAGGUUUCAGGAGAGGAGUUGUUGAGAUUUGCACAGAUGGUCAUGGCACCUUUUAUUAAAAAAAAGAUUAACAUUUAUCAACGGUGCUAAGGAAAAUUUACACAAAAUUACUAAUGUGUGGAAAUGUGUGCCUUUCAGCAUAUGUACUCUUUUUUGGUGGUCAUUCGGAUAAUCAGACCAUUGGAAUCCCUGAGAGCACAUUUAAUUUCUGUGGAGAGCCACAUUUGGCUAAAACAACUCUUUAUUGUGCAAUUAGUUUCUAGAGUAAAAUGUCUGUUAUAUGAGGGGGAUCUUUAUAUUGGGCUUUUAUAUUUUUUUAAAUAUUCAUAUUUCUUUCUGUUAAUUAAAUGCCAUCAUAAUAUCA